UUGGAUUCUUUGCACUUUGUACUGGACAGGAUGCCUCAUUCCCCCCCCCCCCCCCCCUCUUCUUCUUCUUCAGUUCAUGGGAAGUCAUGAAGAUCUCCUUCCUGACCCUUCUCAAAUCUCAUGGAAGAGCAUGAGAGAGGUCAAAUAUAAAAUCUGACCAAUUUUUGUUUAAGUUGAGUUUGAGUGGUAUUGUUUAUUUUUAUUUUUUUAAAAAAGAAUAGAUUUUAAAUUUUAUAAAUUUAAAUUCUGAGAUAAACACUAAUACAAUUUUAUCACACUUAUAUAUUAGAGAGAGAGAAAAAAAAUUAAUGUUGAUGAAGAAGACAUGGUGGAAUUAAAAGGAGAAAAUGAGAGUAAAAACUAGGGGUGGUGAGUGCUGCGGCGACAUAUAAAACAGGUCUGGUCUGAGCUGAGCUGAAAUUGGAUCUUCUUCUCCACAUUAACAUCGUUGUUGCAGGAGCCAGGUCAGAGAAAGGAAGAGAGAAUUAGGGGUUUCUGAUUCUCUGGUUGGAUCAGGUAAGUAGUUGGAGAUUUUAUCAGAAGAAGCCUUGAUCAUCUCAGAAAUAUCUAUCGGAAUAUGGCAUAUAGAAGAAGGCAGCAGCAGCAGCUCGAGGAGGAAACAUCAGGCACAAACAGCAGAAGCAGGCCAUCUCCAAUCACGACAACAACAUCGUCCUCUUCUUAUUCCUUGGACGAAGAGGAUUGGAGUUACGAAGAUGUUCAAAUUCCAAAUGAUAGUAACAUUAAGAAUAAGAGCAAUUCCACAUCCUUGGCUACCAAAGCCAUAAGAGCUUCUUCCGCUGCCCACAGAGACUCCUCUCUCUCCUCCGCUUACGCCUUCACUAAUCACCCCUCCCCCUCCCCCUCCUCUGACUCUUCCAAUUUCAAUUCUUCUUCUACCAAGGAGGAGGAAUCGAACAAGGCCUAUUAUCACGAGUACACAUCAAUGAAAGCAAUGAAGGAAACAAAGCAGCAGCAAGGGUUUUGGGGUACUCUUGCUAGAAAAGCUAAAUCUAUUCUUGAUGAUGAUUUCAAUACUAAUAACAACAAUGCUCCUUCUCCUCCUCAAAAGCAACACCAACACCAACACCAACAAAUGGAUUCAGCUACUGACAGGACCACUACUAGGCAGCAUCAUGUCCCUGACUCUGCUACUAUGCCCAAGAUGUUAUUGCAGUACCAGAACCAAUACCCUUCUCACAAGACCUAUCGGAAAACAGAGAGUCCUGCAUUCCAGAAGGGACUGAAUGCAAUCUCAUCUUCCCUGAAUUAUAUCGGUAAUGCUGUUGAGGAAGGUCUAACAAAAGUGGAGAACCGGACUGCAGAUAUUAUCCAAGAAACUCGUAAGCAUAUUCGGAAAAAACCUAAUGGUGCUGCUGGACAGAAUCAGGCAACCAAUCGGAGUAGCAUGUGGCAACAACCCCAAAUGCAGACCAAUAGACAACAACCCCAGAAAGAAACUGAGCAAGAACUUCAACUGAAGGCAUCUCGCGAUGUUGCGAUGGCAAUGGCUGCCAAGGCAAAGCUUCUUCUUCGAGAGCUGAAAACUGUUAAAACAGAUUUGGCUUUUGCUAAGGAGCGAUGUGCUCAGCUGGAGGAGGAAAAUAAAAUCCUCAGGGAGAAUCAUGAAAGGGGAGAAAAUCUGGAAGAUGAUGAUUUGAUUCGGCUUCAACUUGAAACACUGUUAGCAGAGAAGGCCAGAUUGGCACAUGAGAACUCAGUCUAUGCUCGUGAGAACCGCUUUUUAAGGGAGGUGGUUGAAUAUCACCAGCUUACUAUGCAGGAUGUUGUAUACUUAGAUGAGAGCACUGAAGAAGUAACUGAAGUUUAUCCCGUGAAAGUUGUCUCCAUUACUCCCUCCAUCCCCUCUACGUCAGCCCCUCCACUGUAUACAGAGGCUUCCCAUGGUACAAGUCUGCCUGUCACUCAAGACAUCUUGCCUCAUCCUGUCCCCCCACCGGGGUCUGUAGAGGUUUCUAAGAGUGCCACAUCACCAAAUUCAUAUGCUCGACAUCAAUUGCAGCAGAUAUAAGAAAACACUCGUAUUCUACCGUUUGAAUGGCAAUGCUCUAUACUCAAUCUUUUCAGACAAAAGCUUGAAAUUGUAACAGUAUGGUUUGUCUUUGUUUCCUUGUAAUUCAUUGUCAGUCUCCCAUGUUGGGCUGAUCCUCGAUGUAUACAUCCUGUUAUGUACUUUAAACUUGUUACAUGUUAAAACCACAGCUUUUCUUCA